AUGCCUCUAUCGGCGAAACAAUUUCACAAGCCCAAAACGCCAUCUGGUUUCCGCUCUGGCGAGUUCAUUCCACGAUUCACGCCAUCGCAAGGCGCCCUCAUUUGCGGCGGGUGCGUAGUCAUUGACCCUACACUACGCAAGGUUGCCUUGAUUCACGACCCGUCUACCGGCAUCAACCAGCUCCCAAAAGGUCGAAAGAACAUUGGCGAGGACGUCCAUGCCGCCGCGCUGCGAGAGACGCGCGAAGAAACAGGCUUGCACGUCAUUCCUCUCCCCCUAAAGGGCCUGACCCGCGCAACGCCAACGGCGCAAAUGCUUGGCGAACCUGUCAACGCGGAGACAUUCGCAGCGGGUUCCGCUGGAGAAGGUGAAGACGACCAAGAUGUUUGGGAAGAUGUAGAUGAGGAGGGGACCAACGCGGAACGUGCUCGCGGUCUGACCGGUUGGGCACACCAUUGCGAGCCUAUAGGUAUUACGACAUAUCGGUGUGAGAUGACUCUCGCGUUCAAGAUGAUUUUCUGGUAUGCCGCACAAGCCGACUCAUUGGAGGAUCCCAGGCAGGAUGCAAAGGAGCGCUGGGAGCAGCAGUAUGAGCUGAAGUGGGUGAGUGCACGGGAAGCCUCGACACAGAUGACGUUUAAGGCGGACGGCCAAGCCAUUGAAAAGGCACUGGCAGAUAUGCGCCGCUCUGGAUAUGAAAUUUAG